AUGGCCCUCCUGCAGUGUGGCCCCUCCUGUAGUGUCGACCCACCCUCAACAUGGACCGUCCUCAACAUAACCCAUCCCCACCGUGGCCAAGCCAGUGUGGCCUGCCCCCAGUGUGACCGAACCCCAGCGAGAGCCAACCCAGCGUGGCCCUGCCCAGCGUGGCCCACCCAGGGGCUGGUGGAAGCUGAUUGCCCGAAGAUGCGGGGGAGCCUUCUGCUCGGCCUCCUGCUCCUGCUGACCCCGGCGCCGCUGGACGCCGCCGGCCCGCCUCGCCCGGAGGAGCCCGGGCUCGGGCCGGCCCGUCCAACCCCCCGGCAAGCCAAGCCCAAAGCGACCCUGCGCGCGCCCCCCCGGCCCGCAGCCCCGCUGACCGUCCCCGCCGGACGCGCCCUCGAGCUGCGCUGCAAAGGCGGCAAGGUGGGCUGGACCCUCCCCGCCGCCCUGGACGCCGCCCGGGACCCCAGGCUCAGUAUCCAACAGCACGAACGCUACAGUCAGCUUGUCCUGGCCAACGUCAGCGCGGCCGACACAGGACAGUACGGCUGCUGGCCGCAGCUCUGCCCGGGCCCCGGCUGUGGGAGGGACGAGGCCAAGACCAUCUCCACCUAUGUCUUCGUUCCUGAGGAGGGUGAGCUGUUCGUGCCUUCCCCGAACUACUUCGACGUGGUGUACCUGAUGGCAGACCAGCCGGCCGUGGUCCCCUGCAGAGUGACGGUGCCGGCCGCCAGGGUCACGCUGCACAGAGAGUUCCCGGCCCAGGAGAUCGUGGCCAACGGCAACCGGUCGGAAGUCAUUUACGACUCCCAGAGGGGCUUUGUGUUUCCGCGACCCCGGGCAGAGCACCAGGGUGUCGUGUACUGCCGGGCCGACGCGCAGGGCCUGGUCCAGGUCUCCAACAGGUACCAGCUGCUCUUUGUGGCAGUGCCCAAGGGGCCCCCACCCACCACCAUCCUGGCCACAGAUGGCCGCACACGGGGCAGGGGCCGCAUCAGCGUCCAUUGCUCAGCCCUGGGGCAGCCCGGUAUCGAGGUGGAGUUCAGUUGGACUUACCCAGGUCAAAAGGACCGGCGACCUGUGACCAUUCAGGACUCCUGGCGAUUGGUGCCCCGCGGGGACGUCCACACCACCAGGGUGUCCACCAGCGUACUGACCCUCGAUGAUUUUGCCAGCGCCGACGCCGGCCUCUACACCUGCGCAGCCCAGACGCCACAGGGUCGGACCACUGUGGCUGUCCAGGUUGGGGUCUGAGCUUGGGGGGAGGGAGGGAGGAAGGGAGAGGGCUACGGUCGCCCAGGGACGGGAUCGCUGGUUUCUCAUGCUGCCCCUCCAUGGGGGCCACCGGGCGGCCAGUGCAGUCGCCUCCAGUAAAGCCACGCAGCACUGUCUCGCGGAAA